UGUAAAUCAUUUUACAGAGCCCAGAGAUAGACGAGGAAGUAAACUUUAGAACAUUUGUUUUUGUGAAAAUACACUCUCGGAUUAUAUGUACGGAUAAUGAAAAUGAUAGAAAGUUAAGAUGACCUGAUCCAAAACAUUCAAAUACUGAGCUGCGUGCAAAAAUGGAAGUAUCUGGUCGUAGGACACAUGGUGCGCCAGGAGGGCAACCAUUUGCCGAAGAAAGGGAAAUAUUCUGUCAGCCGUGUAGCAGUGAUGGUGAUUGGGUUGUUGUCAUGGGAUACUGUCAGAACUGUAAUGAAUACUUCUGUUCUGCAUGCCUAAGAGUUCACCGAAAACAAUCCGUGAGCCGAAAUCAUGUUAUCUUAGAAGGCAAAAGUAUGCCGAAAUCUCUGGUACCGGAAGUAGGCGUAGAACCUUGCUCCGAGUUAUGUGCAUCGCAUACAAAUGAAAUAGUGAAAUUCUACUGUUCCUCUCACGAUACAAUAGGAUGCGGUGAUUGUAUGGUCUUAGAACAUAAAGCUUGUAAAGUAGAACGAAUCCAAGACAUCUCAUGUAGCUACUUGAACGGCCCAGAACACACAAAGCUGGUUGAAACAGUGGGAAAAUUCCUUCAAAAUCUGGAAGAUUUAGGGGCUUGCAUACCAUUGGUGGAAGAAGAUAUGAACGCAACAUAUUCCAAGGCUUUGGCUGACAUAAAAACAUUUAGGAAAGAAGUGAAUAUUUAUCUAGAUGAAGCUGAAGUCGAGAUUAUGGCUGAAGUGAACAAUUGGAAAAAGAAAACUGGAAAGACAUUUUCAGAGCUGGACAAUGAUAAAAUAUCAAUACAAAAUGAAAUCAAAGAAUUAGAAGAAAAACUAACGCUCCAAUCCAAAAAAGCAAACGAACUUUUUACGGCAGCCAAACAAAUGAAAGAGAGGAUGAUCACAAUCGAUACCAGCAUUAAACAAAUGUUCCAAAAAGGCCAGACACAAUCAUUUAUGUUUGAACCGUCUUCUGAAAUAAAACAAAUUAUUUCUUCUAAGGCUCCGCUUGGGAAGCUGGCAAAAGAAGCCAUAAAGAGAAACACCCAAAAUAAACUUACGUUGGAUGAUAUGGAGCCGCAGUUUGAUGGGGAAAUCAAUAUCAAGACACAUGAAGAUAAAGCAGACUGUUUCAUUAUAGCAUCUGCUAUUAUUUCACCAAGUCAAAUAGUACUUGCAGACUAUGCAAACAAAUGUUUGAAAAUGGUUGAUAUUGAACAGAGGAAACUAUCUACAAGACAUGAACUGUGUACGGGACCGGUUGACGUGGCAGUUGUAUCCAAGAAUAUUAUUGCAGUUACACUUCCAGAUAAACAGAAAAUACAAUUUCUGUCUAUCACACAGAAAAACACACUCACUGAAAGUCAUGUCAUAAAUGUGAAUGGCAACGUUCGAAAACUUGCUUGUCAAAAUGAUAAACUAAUCAUUGGGUAUUUUAACAAAAUUGAAAUUUUGCAAAUGAAUGGUCAUGUUGUGAAAACAAUAUCUUCAACAGAUUUAUCGUGCAUAGAGUGUGUAGCAUUUUCUCAUGAUUCUAUGGCAUUCUUUGUCUCUGACGGUUCCAGAGAAAGAUCUUUAGUUUAUAAAUUUGACUUUGAUGGCAACAUACUAGCAACAUACAAUGAUAAGACACUGCAAGCUGUUGGAGGACUCACAGUGACAACAGAUGGUACAGUGCUUGUGUGUAGCUGGACUAGAAGUGGUGGCAUUCACAUGAUUUCACCAGCAUGCAAGAAAAUCAAGGAAAUUCUACAGCAGAAUGAACAUGUUCAAUUCCCGUGUUCUGUUUCAUUCUGCUGUCAAACAAACAAACUGUUUCUGAGUAACAGUAGAUAUAAUCUUGACCCUAAACUGAAAAAUGUGUUGAAAAUUUUUCAGAUGAUGUGAAUGUGCAACUGAUAAAAAGGGUCCUCAUUAUAUUUGAUGACAACCUCUCUGCUCUAUUCCACAAUUAAGACAACAGUCAAAUCUGUGCUAAAACUGUGUUUGAACUGAGACCACCUGUCAAGACAAUAUGUUUCAUUUCCUAUUUAAACAAAUGCAAUAUAUUUCAAUUUGUGAAUAAAAAUCAUCUGCAAAUAAAAAACAAAUACGAGUUAUGCUCCACAAACAGUGUUUUUAUAGGCAGUUUUGACUGAUUAAGUGGUGGUAUCACUGAAAAUUUUGUCAGUAUUUUAUUUUUAAAAUAUAUUCUGUGUAUAUUAUCUGAAGUGUUGCUUCAAUUUAUACUACACUGUAUAGUCAUUGUAUUGUAUCAAUACAUCGUGUGUAUUAUAAUUUCUUGCUUUUAUUCAAUACAUAUUUUUAUAGAUUUCCCAGCGUUGAUACGGUAUUAUUUUCUUACGGACAUUGUUUGACAGAGUGAUUGCAUUUUGUUAUGUUCUUAUGUGCACUCUUAAACGAAACAUUGAAAGUAAAUCAUUUCUGGAUUAACAAGCUUUUAAGAAAGGAAUGCACGUUUUGCAUUUAUCCUUCUUGUGGUUAAUACAUGUACUAACUUUGAAGUCAUACAGAUAAGAUAGAUCAGCAAUAGAGAAAGUGAGAUAGAAAAUCCGAUGCUGCGCAGUGAAAUGGGGACAUAUCUUUGAAAAAAAAAUGCCUAGAAAAAAAAGUGAAAUCAUCCUGAAAGAUUUGAGCUAGAACUAUAUAUAGAUCUUGUUACAAUCUGAAGCAAAUACAUUUAUUAUUUAUCAAUAUUAUUGGGAAGUUUUACCUGAAGUUGUAUUCAAAAAGCGGAAAUACAUCAUAAAAGAUCAGGAUCAGAGCUUUUGGUGCAUAUAUGAUGUUCAUAAUAAUAAAGAACAUAUUCUUUUAAACAAAGUCCCUCUGCCGGUGCCUAAAUGUAUUUAUUUUUUUAAAUCGCGUUAAAACUAUAUUAAAUGCUAAGCGAAACGUUGAGCAAUAAGAUCAACAUAAAGCUAUUUGUUGCUUUGUCACUAGAAGUGACUUCAUCCCUGAAAUAA